UCACCUGCUCUCCUUACUCUUGUCAACUGCCGGAGCCCACGGCCUGCAGGCAUACAUGGCGAGCGCGAGAAAGGGCAGCGGCCACGAAAAGAAAGAGGCGAAGAACAGCAGCGGGAAGAGCGUCAGGGAAAGCCGAAGGCCGAGAGACAGCAUUGCGGCUGUCACGAAGAGACACGAGAGGACCACCAGGGACUUUUGCAUUCUCGAAACUUUCAUGUCGGUCUGGUGCACUUGUAGGAACAGGUGCCGGACGAGAGCCACACGCAUUACAGAUCGAGCAAAACGGACGAAGGAUGAUUUCGAAGUAUAAUCAAGUGGGUCACGCAGAAAGCGGCCAAUCUGCACCGACACACAGACACAGACAAUCGUAGGUCCCGGCUCGUUGUGUACAAUGGGUGUGCUCCCCUAACCUCUUCUUGCAGCACUUUACCCCCUGCCAUAGCAUCCACGUCAUCCGCGUCCACAACUCCCUCCUUCUCUGACCGUGUUUUCCUUCGUCUGCGGCUCCAUCGCGCAGUCAGCCACACCACCCAAUGGAUUCCGAACACUAUCACACACGCAAUGACCACUGUAACGGCCGAGGCGACGGGAUCGCCCCGAUGUCCUUCUGGAAGACGGAACAGGUCCAGCCCCUGAGACUCGAGAAAGAAUGGCGAGGAGGGCGUGUCGGCAAAGAGCCCGACGAGUGCCAUCAUGGGUGCGCCAGGAGGUGGCAGGACGAUGCAGCCGGUCGGGUCAUCAUACGACGUGUUUUGACUGGUCCAUGAGGCAUGCAGCGUUCGCCACUGGAAGCACGAUGCCGCGCCGCCAUCUGCCGUGUCCUGAUCCUCGUCCACUCGUGUGAGCCGAAACAUCCCUAUAGAUAGGUUGGCUGAGUUGUCAAGCGGUGACCCGUCAUCCCUGGCGACAGCCACGCUGCCCACAUGAAAGCCCUUAUCGGUGUCGUUUGCGGGCCUGUCGGGCGAUGUACCGUUGGGAACGUAGAAGGGGUUGCUCAGGAAGCACAUAUAGAGAUAGGUGAAGGGUGCAAGGGUGUCGGUCGGAGAGGCGAAAGGGAACCAUAUGUCAUGGUUGGACUGCACGACGUCGGCGGUCUUCUCCAUCUUGAUGUGCAAAUGCCGUGUGAGCAUUGAGAACGUCUCUGCGAGGCAAUAGAGAGACACGUGGCAGCACGUGUACGAAAAUCGGUCGGUGUGAUGUGACAAUGUAAUGUUACCUCCAGUGUCAAGUUGGCUGGCGAGCACAUUGAAUAUCGAGUGCAGGGCCGUGUACACAAACUGCCCAGCCGAGUAGGGAGAGCCGUCAGACGUGUCAUCGCCCUGCAGCCGCCUUGCCGUGCUCCCAGAUCCGGCUGCCGUAAGCGAUGCUAGUGCUGGCGUGUCGGCGAAAGAGAUAUCCGAUAUUGCCGCGAUAAGUGUGUUCGGGAGUGCCGAGUCCAGCGACAUAAGAGGCAGCACGAGGUCCAAAAUGACCCUGAGCAACGCCUGAUAGCUUCAGCGACAGCAAUCGACAGCAUCUGAUUCAUGACCAUGGAAGAUGUGUUGUCUGUCGUAUGUGAUGUUACCCUCGCCCCGCACUGCUCCCAGCGGUGUUCACAUAUGUCUCGCAACGCCCCGAGGGCACGCUCGUAGACAGCACCCCUCACAGGACUCUGGGAGAACAGGAAUGCACGCAUGACCGCUGUAAGUAAGAGACCUAUGAACACAUGGAUGGAGACACAGCCCACACAGCCCAGCGCACCUACCGUUCUGACAACGUUUGAUAAGAUCUCGCCAACGACGCUCAAAUCGUCAUCCGUCAAGCGAGAGGAUAAUCCCGAUCGUAUGAGGGCUGACAGAUGCCCACCGGCGAGUGCCGGGUCGCCCAGCUUGAUGGUCUGCAGCAGCUGGGUGGCGUUUCGCUCCGCCUCCCUCUUAUACACCCUGACUGGUUGUAUUUGCCUUCUGGCUCCUCCCAGGUAUGUCCUGACGUCGACGAAAGCGUGAAUCUCGUAGGUUGGCCAAAUGCCGGCUGGCAGGGCUGAGGUCUCAAUGGAGGUGAGAGGGAGGGGACCGCCGCCCGAUAGGUACACCUGAGACCAAAGACAAAGGUGAUGGCGCCUCACGAGUGUGGCACAAGAGCAUCCUUACCUCAAUUCGUGUUUGGUUGAAGUAGUUGGGCUGGGAAAGAAACGGACAGCAAUGCAGAACAGCUAGGUCAGAGAGCCCCCUUGCAUCCUUCUCUUAUCUCUUACCGACACGCCGAAGUCAUAUGUCAGUGGCAGCGCAUCAAGGUCGGCCGACCACCCGUCGCACUCUAGCAGGAAGGGCGUGAUCAUCGAUAUGCCAAUCAGAGGCGUCACGUUGAAUGUGCCGACCAUUGGCAGGGCCAUGGCCACAGGUACGAGCAGCGUGUUGGAGUCCCUGUAGCCGGUCUCCUGGUCGAUGAUGUGCAGCGAGAACCGGUAGUCGAAGCCGGCGGGGAGGCUGAAGGGACGCAGCAGCAAGCUGGGGCGAGAUGGUCCUGCAGAAAUGCCCACAACGUGAGAUAAAGGAGAUUAAGAGGGUGAGGCAGGUGUGAGUCACCUGUGGUAUUGAAGACAGCCACUUGGUCAAGAUCGACUUGUUGAACGGGCACUGGCCUGAAUACCUUCCCUGGAAUCGGGUACGUGGGGUCUGUCAAGGCGACCUCAGCCUCAUACUCAGGGUUGCUCUCCAGCCGAUGCACCGUCCACACAUAAUACCGCCGCGACACACGCCACUCCUCGACCGAUGUCUCGUUCCCAGAAGUGUCGUUUAUGGCUUCGAUCGGCUGCCCCGCGUCUUUGGUCUUGCUUACGUCUGCAUCGGAUGGCCUGACGCCCCCAGGUGCCAUUGUAGCAGACUGCGUCGGAUCGACCGGGAGCGCGUGUGUGAGUGGGUCUCUCGGCGCCGGGUCUUGAUCGAACAGGACGUGGCCUCGCAAUCGGAUGGGCGCAUAGUUGGGCACGGGAAGGGACUCGAGAGGAGGCAGGUAGACGCGAUAUGAGCUGGCGUUGACCAUCUGCUGCAGGCUGCGGGAGACAUUGAGCGGCUGUUUGAUCUCUAUCUCAGCGUAUGCUGACCCCUGCUUCCAUUCAGACACCCUCGUCACUGCACACACACACGCUCACAGAGUGUUUCUAUCGAUCAGGAGACGGACGCCAUGCAUGUCUCUUGCGCACCUCUCGCGUCGGGAUUGGGCACCCCCACAUGAGCGGUGGCCUCAAACCGUAGCUGCCACCCCUCGUCGAAUAUUUCAGGCCUCAGUGCGAUGGAUGCUCCCGUGAUCUGACAGGCGAUGCCGCCGCUGCCUAUCAUGUCCCACCUAAUGGCCGACAGCUCCGACGUGCGGCCCUCGUAGGUGCACUGGUGCGGCCGGGGGAAGGCCACAUUGUUGAGAUCGUCGCAUGCGUCAGGCGGUGUGUGGUUGUAGAUGAAGGACACUAGAGGGAUGCACCGCCACGUGCUGACAAACACCGACACACAAGAUGCAAACAGAACUGUUGUGGUGUGUUGGCUGCUCACAAGUUCGCCAGGGUGGCAUUGGGCAUAUCGGGGUCGAAUGAGCGGGAAGCGUCGAGCACCACAGUCGUGUCCCUUGGCACGUGCUGGUACGGUCGACCAAACACCACAACAGGCGGCGAAGGCGAGAUCUUGACCUUGACUGAACCCUCGGCCAUGUAGGCGGGCCCGCUGUCCUCCCCCAUCACGUUGAGAAGAAAGCGAUAUGUUGCAGCGGCCUUUAGCGUGCGCUUAGGCACGAAGAGGGAAGUUGACUCCCACCCCGAUAUGUUGAGGCCGGAGGGGUUGAAUGGCAGCGUUGGAUAGAGCAUGCUGAUCUCCCAUCUGUACUUCAGGGCCUCCUCCCGGCAGCCAGACUGCUGCACCCGCGCCACGACAGAAAAAUCUCUGUCUCGCGGGAAGGUCUGCUCAGCCAACCCGGCGAUGAAGACCUGCGGCACCGUGUCCUCGAGGACGUCAAUGUUGACAGUGACCGAGUCGGUGAAGCGCCAAAAUGAUGUCACCUGCCCUUCGACCGUCAAAUGGAUGACGGCAUCGGGGAGGUCCUUGUGGGCUAUGCGAAGGACAGGCCGGCUCGUGUUGGAUAUCAACGCAAACAACUCAUUGACCUGCACACCCCAUACUUGUCACACAUAUGGUGUCUCGCAGAAGCGGCCUGGCCUGGGUACGGUACCUGUGCUGCGUCGCAGUUUGUGUUAAAGUCAUACACUGGCGUGUCCUUGUCACCAUCAGCCCAAUGAUACCUCCACUCGCCCUCGCCUUCCCCCUCCCAUGCCGCCUCAUCAGGCGGAUCGAGGGAGUACGGGAAGCCACUGCCGUACACAGGAUACUCCAGAAAGACACUGCUAGGCUCCGGCGUCUCGAAUCCACCCAGAACAUACCGCGCGUCCGCCUCCCCCUCUGUGCCAUCUGGUGGGAGAGUCGGGUAGGGGGUGGUCGACGGCACAGGUGGCGGUGAGGCGUAGCCACGACACUGCACAUCCCUCAGGCGCCAUUCCCAUGUGGCCCUGCCCCCUGUCGACUGCGAGGCCGACAUGUCAAGAAAGAUGGGGGUGCAUCGGUCGACCUGCUUGGUGGUGCCGGUGAUGGUGGCUAUGGGGCCCUCGACACCGUGAGCGAUGGACAAAAAGACGCCGCCCGACGAAGGAGGCGAGUACGUGCCGUUGGCUUCGGAGUAGAUGGUGACGGGGCGGAUGAAGAGGGGGUCCCCUGGAUCGGCUGCAUGAUGCACCUCCUGACCGAAUCGCCAGUGAUAAGAUCAGCGAUCGAUCUUGCGUGACUGGAAUCUUUGGGUGAGUGACCAGGUGGAUGGUGAAGGACGACACCGACGUCCACGUGCAGGUGGUGUCAUGAAGAUUCAACUCCAGUAUAGACAGCUGAGCUAAGACCCUGAUGGCACACAAUACAUCCAUGGACACUGAUAGAGGACAGGCUCACUCGCUCACCAGCUGCAGGGGAAGUUCGGCUGCCAAAGCUGUGUUUCGUUGUGCCAGUCAUGGAUGCCGUCGCCGUUUGUAUCCACCGGCUCUACGCCCAUCAGUGUGGCACGAUCGAACCGGACAUAUACCUCGCGAGCAGAAGAUGCAAAGCGAGCCUCUAGCAUGAGGAGCUGGAGGGCCCUCGACAACGCCCUGCAGGCAAGAGACACACACUACAGUCAAAGCGCGAAACACCCAUGGUCAGGUCAAGGGUGACCUUUGGCACUUUGAAUCGCCUGUAUUGUGGGUGCGGAUACAAUGGGGGGUGUCGAUCAGACGACCGAUUUCCCAUGGACGGCCACAGGCGGAAGUCGGGCAGGUCCCGUCUCUCGUAGUAGGAGCCGUCAGGGGGCAACUGCUCAUACGGACACGCCAGCUGCAGGAUGUGGCUCGACCCAUCAGAUCUCGAAUGGCGCACUGCGAUGAAUGAGUACGGGAGGGAGGGGUGGGAGGCAAUGGCCGACAGGUAGACGGAUCGAGGAUUGACCAGAAAUAGGGACGGUGGGUGCUGCAGAGGAUGUAGCCGAUACAAUGGGACGGUGCAGCGGUCGAAGAAAUCGUCGUUCUGGCAUGUGCUCCAGUUGCCGACGGACGGCUCCCGCACCAAUGACCAGUGAAACGUCUGUGUUGUCACGUCGGACCAGAAGACAGCCAGAUGAUGGGUUUUGUCGAUGUCCAGGAAACCCUCGCUCCCACAUGUGGUCGCGCCGAGAGGGACUGCGACACGCAACACCAACACAACACGGCAGACAGACAACACAGGGUGGUUCUUCUCGUCGGCACGUUUCUCUUUCUUUCCAUCCACUCACAGAUAAGCUCGUUUGUGCCCUGCCCACUUCUACGCACUCUCAAUUCCUGCCUCUCCACCGUCGCUUGGAAGGCAAAUCCCCGCCGACCAUUCAAGAACUUUGUGAAGCCUUCAUUCAGCCGCACCUGAUAGUGGAGGCUCUCCCGAGACACAUAACCCUGCGCAUUCGCCACUUGAGCAGCAGAUGAAGUGUGCCCUUCAUGGGGUCAUAUGUGCACACAGACGCCCCAGCCGGCGACAGGCCGACCUCCACCCACUGCCCUGACCCAUCACGCCACUCGUGGUCGAGUGCGACAAUCUUCUGGACCUGCGGGAAUUCCGGGAGGGGGCCGGGGAUCCAGGCGGGGUCACUGAGGUAGUUCUCUUGCUUGAUGCACCAGGGGCAGAUGUGGACGGCCCCUAUCAGAGAGUGCUCCCACACGGCAAUCAGCUGCUCCUUAAUGAAAUCGUAGAAGAAGCAUGUGACAAUCUUGAGGCCCAUCUCGCGAUAAGGCAGGCGGAAGUGAUGGGCGAAGAUCGGCGUGCCGUCGUCCCCGUUGUUUGCGUGGACAUAAAUGUCCUCCCACCUGCAGGGAUCCGAUCCACAAACACGGCACAUCUACGGUACGGUGACUGAGGAAUCCAUUGCCGACAUACCUGUCUGUGUUUGGCGAUCGCAUUCCUACCAGAGUGUAGACUAUUCGAUGCAGCGGGUCCCAGAGUAGCUACGAAACACGCUGUAGAAGUUCGUGCCGCCCUCCCCGCCACACACUAUUGCCCCAGGAGCCAGUGAAGCAUCGGUCGGGAUCUUAUACUCGUUGUACAAGUCGAUUUCCUGGUCCUCACACAGGAAAUCACACCCACUUGCAGACGGACUCUGGCCCCGCAGGAUGCCAACGUCACUGCAGCAGAAGCACUGCUCCCCGCGCAACAAUGCCAAUACAUAUUCUUGGUAUUCGCAGAGGAAGACACAUUGCAAUCGAGAAGACGUCGCGAGAGCCAUUUCGACACAGAGGCCGCCCAGUGGGUUGAUGGGCGUCGUCAGCUCAUAGCAGCCGAUGUGAAUAAAGGUGCUGAAGACCACGGGCGGCGACUCAUGCGGUUCGUCCCGUGUCUCCAUGAAAACUCGCGACAUGAUGGGUUGCAGGCUGUUCCACUUGUAGAGCUCCUCUGCAGAUGGGGAAGGGGCUGAUGUGUUGCCGCUCGGCAUCCAUCCCGUGAGGUAAGGCCGGUCUCUUUGACGAAAGGCCGUCGGCAU